UUGGUCUUUGAAUACGAGUCUGAGUUGAGGAGCCAAGAAGAGGAUGUCGGGUAUGGGUGACGGGGACGUGGGCACCGCCCAAGACGCGGUGAGGAUUCGACGGUUGGAGAAGCAGAGAGAAGCGGAGCGUCACAAAAUCCAAGAACUCAAAACCAAGUCUGCCUCCGCCAAGGGCCAACUCGGUCUCCUCCAAUUCGGUUCCAGCGCUUCCGAGAUUCUAGAGACCGCCUUCAAAAAAGAAACCGUGGGUUUGGUCACCAGAGAGCAGUAUGUGGAGAAGAGUUAAUAUUCAGAGAAAAAUAGAGGAAGAAGAGAAGGAGAAACUUCAGAAGCAGCAGCAAGAGUUCGUCUUCUCCCCAUUUUUUCCCCUUUUUUCUUUGUUUAUAAUUACGUAUUCACAAUCUUCAAACAGGGAGGAGGAGCUUCAAUUAGAAAAGCGUAAAAAGAGGAAGAUCAAGGGCAAGCGUAAAAAGCGUAAAAAAAUAAAUAGUGAAUAUGAAACAUAAAUUUCUAUUCAAGAAAUGUAAUCAGGUAUUGAUCUAAAUGGUCAAAUAGACACAUAUUACUCAAAAUAAAAUAGUUAGGGUAUGCAUUUUA